ACAACUAUUUAAGAAUCAGAAAUCCAGUUAAGUUUCAGUAGAGUGAUAGAAUUUCUACAAAAUGGCAAGCAAAGUUUGGUCCACAUUCACGGCAAAGAAAUCAAAUGGAAGUGAAGUCAAGUUGCGCAUUCAGGACAUGCCCGCAGAUAAAUUUGAAGAAGUUUUAAUUUUUUUAGAGGAUUACUACAUAAAUAAUAAUGUAUUUUACAAAAUAGUUGGUUUUUCUAAAAACCCAGAGGCUGUGAAGGAAUCAUUAGAUAUCAUGAGACAAAUGUUACAAGGAUCUCCACAUUCUAUAGUCGUGUGCUGUGAGGACAAAGGUGAUGCUGUAGGGGAGAUAGUAGGAGUAACGGUUACAUCAGUUAUAACCAACAAGGAAAAUUUAGAUGACUUCCUGAAUUUAAACUUUAAAACUAAAGAGGUGGCAGAAAUUUUCGCCAUAUAUGGAGAAUUGCUGAAGUUGUAUGAUGUGUUCAAAGGAAAAAAUAUAGAUCGCUUUGCAGAUGACAGAGGUUUAGCUGUAAGCAUAGAUUACGGGGUCGAAGUACUUAAAGAGUUGCUUAACGUGAGGCGCAAAUUGUGUAAAGAGCUGAAUACUCCAUUAUCAGUUAUUUGGGCGUUGUCUAAUGAUGUGCAAAGAGCCGCUGAAGCUGCUGGGUGGGAGACAGCCUUUGAAGUCAGUCGGGAAGAGGUUGGGAAGAAAACUGGAGUCAAGAUCACUGAAGAACCGGUUACAUACAAAAUUAUGAUCGGGAAAUCAUUAUAAAAGAAAACAUGGCUUUUUGAUUUACCCUAUGAUAAAUUUAUUUUUCUUUGACUACUUUUAUAUGAUUUUUUGCUAUAUUUUAUUAUAUUAAAUACCUAGUAAGUAAAAUGUUAAUCUAAUAUCUUUAUAGUAAUGUUUUGUGUAGAAUUACAUACUUAGUAAAAAAAAUUAACAGAUUCAUAAUAAAUCUUUACUUUAAAUCGUGA